AUGAUGCGCACCGACGAGCCUUCCGGCCUCAGCCAGCCCCUGCGGCCUCAACGCGACCGCUCCGCGUACCGCAACUUUCUCAAGAUGGCCGUGCUCUUCUCCAUCAACCACGGAACCGUCGCGGCCGUGCUCAACAUCAGCGUGCAGCUUCUCGGCGACGCGGGCUCGUACCAGUCUGGCGCGCUCUACAUCACGUACGCGCUGACGGCGCUCAUGUUCUCCUCCGCGCUCAACGAGGCGCUCGGCCCGCGCUGGUCGCUCGUCGUCGCGGCGGGGCUGUACUCGCUCUACGUGCUCUCGCUUCCGCUCGCGCUGAUGCUGCCGCCCGAGGCGCGCGGCGCGCGCGUCGCGCUCGCGCUGUGCGGCGGGACGGUAGGGGGCUUCGCGGCCGGCUUCCUCUGGGCGGCGCAGGGCACCUACUUUGCUCUCUCUGCGCGGAGGCACGCGUUGCAGAUGGACAUCGAGCCUGCGGAGGCAAAUGCAGAGCUGGCGUCCGCGUUCGCGUCGACGUUCCUCUCGCUCGAGCUGUGCCUCAAGGCGCUGCCGAUCGGGCUGCUGCCGCUCUCGCACAAGAUGGCCGCCUUUGGCGUCUCCGCUGCGCUCCUCGGCUACGAGGCCUUUGCCUACCCCAAGCCCCAGCCCCGACCCCAAGCCCCAAUCGUUCCUCACACGCUGACGCGCGUCCGCCAGGCCUUUGGCGCCGACGCUGUCCUCGCCGGCUCGCUCUGCUCCGCCCUCGUCUCCGCCGUCGCCGCGCUGCUGCAGCCCGUCUCGCGCGCCGCCGCAAAGCGUGUCGGCCGCCCCGCUGUCCUGCUGGCCGCGCUGCUCUCGUUCGCUGCCCUCGCCGCCCUCGUCCUCGCAACGAGCGACGGCCUCGCCGCGCCCGCCUUCGUGACCGUCCUGCCCUUCUACCUGCUGCAAGGCGCCGGCCGCGCCGGGUACGAGGGGGUCAACAAGGCGCUCUACGCAGACACCUUCGGGCCUGCCGACUCGCCCGCCGCCUUCUCAAACAUCGUCCUCGCCAACGGCGCCGCCUCCGCCGUCGCGUACUUCACCUUCCCCUCGCUCGGCCGCCACGCGAUGGCGUAUGCCGCCGGCACCUGCGCCGCCGUAGCGAUCGUCGGGUACAUCGCUGCCGAGGUUGCAAUCCAGCGCACGCCCGGCGGCAGGGUCAACCCGCGGGUUGACCCUGCUUAG